AUGCCUUCGGACGUAAUUAUCGAUGGUGCUCGCUGUCUUGAACGUAUUCGAAGACUUUAUGCUGCAUGGCGAAAUAAUGAUGGAGCAGAUAUUUCAACUAAUGACAAUGGUGCAUUACAUUCGGUUGAUGCUGUUGUGCUAAUCCGAGGACAAAAGGAGGAGGAUUUUACCUAUAGUAAAAGUGCUGCUAUGCAGACAUGGCUAUUUGGCUAUGAAAUGCAUGAUGUUCUUGUUGUCUUCUGUCAUGAUUCUGUAAUUGUAUUUGCUGGCGCAAAGAAAAUUAAUUAUCUCAAACAGAUUGAAACUGAACAUAAUAAUAAAGAGAAUGCACCACGAAAUUUCAAUUUCAUAAUACGUAAAGAAAAUGAUGAAAAAAAUUUGGAUGAAAUUAUUAAACAAAUUAAAAUGAGUCAUCAAGGAAAGACUCUAGGAAUAUUUGCAAAAGAUAAAAUGGAAGGACCAUUUUGGGAACAAUGGCAAAACUGUUUAACUCGAAAUUCAUUUGAAACAGUUGAUAUAAGUAGUUCUAUUGGUUAUUUAAUUGCUGUUAAAGAUAAUGAAGAACUUGGUUUAAUUCGUAAAGCUUGUGAAAUAACUGGAAAACUUUAUAGUAAACAUUUAAAAGAUCAAAUUAUAAAUAUAGUUGAUUCUGAAAGAAAAGUUAAGCAUUCGAAAUUAUCUGAAGGACUUGAAUCAGCAUUAAAUGAUGAAAAAUAUGUUUCAAGUUCAGAUGCCAAUUAUGUUGAAAUGUGCUACCCAGCAAUUAUACAAAGUGGAGGCAACUAUAAUCUUAAAUUUAGUGCAACUGUCGAUAAAAAUUCACUUCAUUUCGGUGGUUCAUCCAUCAUAUGUGCAUUUGGUAUUCGGUACAAAUCUUAUUGUUCCAAUGUUGUUCGUACACUUUUGGUAAAUCCAUCGGAAGAAAUGAAAAAUUCAUAUCAAUUUUUACUUGAUUGUGAAGAAGUUAUUCUACGAGCACUUAAACAUGAUGUUCCAUUAUGCGAUGUUUACAAAUUGGUACGAGAAAAAGUUACAAAAGAACGACCUGAACUUCUCAGCAAAAUGACAACUAACUUAGGAACAGCAUUAGGUAUUGAAUUUCGUGAAAGUACUAUUGCAAUCACCAGUAAAUGUACAACACAAGCAAAGAAAGGAAUGACUUUUCAAGUUAGUAUUGGUUUUUCUGGUUUGGAAAAUCCUGAUGGAAAAGAUGAACAAUCAAAAGUUUAUUCUUUAUUUAUUGGUGAUACAAUUGUUGUGAAUGAACAUGAAUCUUGUACCAUUUAUACAUCAUCAAAAAAAGAUAUUAGUCAUAUUGCUAUUAUAUUAAAAGACGAUGAUACACCAGAAGAUGAUGCCGAUAAUAGACCUGCAAUAGUACCAAGACGCGCAGCUGCUGAAAAAGCUCGAACUGAUCCAUCUAUACCGGAAGAAUCGCGUCAAGAAUAUCAAAAAGGAUUAUUACGUAGAUUAAAUGAACGUGCUGAAAUUCGAUUAACAUCACAAGGUGAUAAAGUAUCUGCAGAAAAAGCACGUAAAAUUAAUAAUUCGUAUAAAUCCGAAGGACAAUUACCACAAGAUCCUGACAUUCAAGAUCUUAAACUUUAUAUGGAUAAACGAUAUGAAACACUUGUUUUACCAAUUAAUGGAGCAUCAACACCAUUUCAUAUUUCAACAAUUAAAAAUGUUUCAUUAGCUGUCGAAGGUGAAUAUAUUUACUUACGUAUAAACUUCUUUCAUCCAGGUGGCAUUGGUAAACAAGCUGAUGCAAUUGAUAAAGAAAAUGUUUAUAUUAAAGAAUUAACAUAUCGUGCAUCAAAUGAUAAAAAAGAUGAUGUUGUACCAGCAUCAAAUAAUCUUUCACAUAUUCAUAAGUUAAUUCUUGAAAUACAAAAGAAAUACAAAGAUCAAGAACAAGAACGAAAACAAAUGGAGGGUGUCGUCAAACAAGAUGCAUUAGUACUUAAUGCAAGUAAAACAAAUCCAAAAUUAAAGGAUCUAUAUAUUCGACCAAGCUUAGCAAAUAAAAAAAUCAAUGGUACACUCGAAGCACAUACAAACGGCUUUCGUUAUACGUCUGUACGUGGUGACAAAAUUGAUAUACUGUAUUCAAAUGUUUCACAUGCAUUCUAUCAACCAUGUGAUAAUGAAAUGAUUAUACUUCUUCAUUUCCAUUUAAAACAUGCCAUUGUAUUCGGUAAACGAAAACAAAUGGACGUACAAUUUUAUACUGAAGUUGGAGAAUUAACAACUGAUCUUGGCAAACAUCGAAAUAUGCAUGAUAAAGAUGAUGUACUCGCUGAACAAGCUGAACGUGACCUACGAAGUAAAUUGAAAGGAGCUUUUCAAAGUUUUAUCGAUAAAGUUUUACAGCAGAAAAGCUUUCCAUUUGAAUUUGAAACACCAUUCCGCCCAUUGGGUUUUCAUGGUACACCGCAUCGCUCAAUGGUUUUAAUUUUACCGACAACAUCAUGCGUAGUGCAAUUAACUGAAUGGCCACCUCUUGUUAUUGUACUUGAGGAAGUUGAACUUGUUCAUUUUGAACGUGUACAUUUUCAACUGAAAAACUUCGAUAUGGUAUUUAUAAUGAAAGAUUAUUCGAGAAAAACACAAUCUAUUCAAGCGAUACCCAUGGCUGAACUUGAUCCGAUUAAAAAUUGGCUGAAUUCAUGUGAUAUUUGUUAUACUGACGGUCCACAAUCAUUGAAUUGGGCAAAAAUUAUGAAAACAAUCACGGAUGAUCUUAGCGGAUUUUUUUCUCAAGGUGGCUGGACAUUUUUAGAUGCUGAAAGUGAUGCUGAAGGUGAAGGUGGAGGCGGUGGUGAAGGUUCAGAAUUGGAAGAAGAUGAUUAUGAUCCGGAUGAAGACGAAAGUGAAGAAGAAGGAUCAGAUAGUGACUAUUCCGGUGAAGAAGAUGAGGAUGAAGUCGAGGAAGAAGACAGUGUUUCUGAAGCAUCAGAAAAUCUAGGUACCGAUGAAGAAUCAGGUAAAAGCUGGAGCGAACUUGAAGAAGAAGCAAGACGAGAUGAUGCUGAAAAACUUGAUUACGAUUCGGAUGAGGCUAGUCGAAACAAGAAGAAAGGUGGAGCUUCAUCGAAAAAAUCUCCAGUUAAAUCUAGAAAGCGACCAGCUUCAUCACCACCACCAAUGAAUGGCAAAAAGAAAAAGAGAUAA